AUGCCAGACAAAACUUCCCGAUCAAGACACUCGCGAUCUGGGUCAAGAUCAGGCUCGCAUUCAGCAAGUGGGAGAAGAUCAUCUUUGCCGCGACUAAAGUCUUCUCCAAGACUGGUGAGAACUAUAAGUGCUGAAAUCGAUUCCGCGUCCCAAGACGUCAGCCAUUUGAAGCUGGAAAACGACUCGUUGUCGCAAUCGCUGGAAGUACCAUUUGUGAAGAGGACCCUUAAUGCAAGUCUCCCACUAGAAUAUUUACGUACAGAUGUUUUGAACUUGGCGAAGGCGUUGAAAGUGCCCAAAUGGCAUAGCAGAAAGUCUAAUUCUACAACGCAAUUGGUGGCCAAAUCUGUUGUGCUCACCAAGAUCACUGGAGCGCUAACAAAUGCGAUUUUCCGCGUGCAGUAUCCAGGACUGCCAUCUCUUUUGUUGCGGGUGUACGGACCACAGGUCGAUAGUAUUAUCGACCGAGACUACGAACUACAAGUGCUGGCACGCUUGUCGGCUCACAACAUCGGUCCUAAACUAUACGGAUGCUUCACAAACGGUCGUUUUGAGCAGUUCCUUGAGGAUUCCAAGACUUUGACCAAAGAUGACAUUAGAAACUGGAAAACCGCACAAAGAAUUGCUCGUAGAAUGAAAGAGUUGCAUUCCGGGGUUCCUCUGUUGCCCUUUGAAAUCGCUCGUGGGCCAAGCACUUGGUUGCGUCUCGAUAAGUGGGUCAAAGUAAUCAACGAUUCACCCUGGUCCCUUGACGUUUCCAACAUCCAAAAAGUCCUAACGUGUCAAGAUUGGCAAUUUUUUCUGUACGCCAUGCAAAAGUACAGAAACUGGCUUGAAGAAACAUACAAAGAUUCGCAUCGAGGCCUGGUGUUCUGCCACAACGAUGCACAACAUGGCAAUCUACUAUUCACAGCACCUGUGGCUUCACUCCCAGCCACUCCCUCCGUCUCAGCAGAUUCAAUUGAAACUUCGGAAUCAUUGUUCCCCACGACUUCCAACGUUUCUUUGGAGCAGAUUAUCAGGCCUUCACAACAAGAGCAAAACCAAGAUUCCAAAUUGGUAGUUAUCGAUUUCGAAUACUCGGGAGCAAAUAGGCCCGCCUUCGAUUUGGCCAACCAUUUUAGCGAAUGGAUGUGUGAUUACAAUUCAGCUGAUUCCUACAAAUCUGACGAAACAAAAUACCCAACCAAGGAAGAACUACUGAAUUUUUUAUAUUCAUAUGCCUCCCACCGUCGAGGCUCCAAAGUUCACAGCAUUGAUGCUGAGGUCAAGGAACUUUAUAACGAUGUUAUAAGACAGCGUGGCUCCGUCUCUCUCCAUUGGGCUACAUGGGCGAUCAUUCAAAGCGGAGAAUUGAACGAUCUACCUCAGAAAGAGGUUAUAGAAGAAGCUCCAGCAGGCGAAAAAUACGUCAUUACCAUUGAUGAUGAAGAUGACGAAGAAAGCGAUGAAGAAAAUGUCGAUGCAGAUGAUGAAGCAUCACCCGAGGGUGUUGACAUCAAUUCUUUCGACAACUUGAAUUUCGCAAAGGAUAAAAUGGCACUUUUCUGGGGCGACAUGCUUCAGCUGGGUCUCCUCAAAAGAGAGGAGCUUCCGGAUUUUGUUAGCAUCAAGUAUUUAGAUACAAAAUUUCUAUAG